AUGACUUCACCUAAGUUGUCGUCAGCAAAUGAACUGCAAUGUGAAUUGCUGCUAUACUUAGACAUCAGGCGCUACCUUGCUGACAUGAGAGAUUACUGCGAGGAUUUCUUAGAACAAUUAACUGAGAAAACAUUGAGUAAGUUCCCGCCAUUACGAUUUUUAUUAGAGAUUGACGUCAUGGACUUGUUGGAUGUAUCACCUGAGCUAGGGGAUUUUUUUAUAGCGGAACCGAAUAAAUUUAAAAGAAUGUGUAACGAUAUUUUAUUUGCAUGUGUUCAGGCUACCGAUAUUGAAACGAGAAAUAAUAUAGAAUAUGCUCAAGUAGCAGUGAUAUUGAGAUUGAAAAGUGUUCCAAUUGAUUCUAAUUCACGUUAUCAUAAAGGGUUGGUCACUAUUGAUGGACUGCUAUUAUCUGUUUCGAAACCAGAAACCUAUGUUCUCCAUUCAGUUUGGUCUUGCCCCGAAGAAUGUGACGGCAACGAAGUUAUUCUACACUACAUACCAAAACAUCCGCCCAAAUGUCAUCUAUGCAAAAGUAAUCUAUUUGAAAACAGUGGGUUGAGACAAUGCGGAGAACAAGUGACUGCAACAUUCAAAAUACGUAAUCAGUUACUUCCAAAAACAUUGAAAAUUACUGAUAAUCUAAUAUCAAAGUUGAACCUUGGCACACGAUACAUUAUACAUGCUGUUGUCACGAAAAAAAUAACAACAAUUUUGUCUAUGGAAAAUAUAAUUACUCUAGCAGCUCCGAUAACCAACCCUAUCCCUAAGGACGUAGAGGACUUAUUCAAGGCAUGCAAAGAAACACCUUGGAAGUUCAUUUACUGUCUAGCUUCAAGUAUAGGAGUCAAUGUUUGUCCUUUACAUUGUUUCAUGCAUCUCAAGAUUAACUUGUUAUUAAGUCUCACUAGUGUGAAGGCAAAUGCUGUCUCAGGGGCGAGUAUCUUACACGUCCUCGUCGGAGGUUUCGACACAAGAUAUGUUGGAGAAAUAAUGGCCGAUGCUGCGAAACUUGCUGAUAGAUCUGUGAUCGUAGGAGCGUCUAACUCAGAAGCACAAACUGCUUUGAUAGCGAGUUCUGGAGGAGUUUGUGUCAUGCCUUUACCACUUCACAUUUACAGCCACAAGCAGGUUUCAGCUAUACUUGCAGCGAUAGAAACAGGUCAUAUGAAUACUGGUACAGCAUUAGCAAAGUUGAAUGCAGCAGUGUGGGCGCAAGGAAUGGACUUUAAGAAGAUGAUACUAUAUAACGUCGCUAGUGUCUUUGGAAAUGUAUGCCGUGGCGAUUGUGGGGAGUUUUACGAUGAGAUUAACGAGUUUGUGUUGCAAAGAACUGUGGAACCAGUUGGUAUCUGCAAGGAAGAAAUAAAAGCGCUGAAAGAUGUAGCAACGUAUAUAGAUGUGGUAGCAGGAAUUGAAGUCGUUAUAGACGACAUGACUAAAAACUUAUUGCAAAAUUAUUUCCUGGCAGCUCGGAAAGAGAACACUAAGAUCGUUUGUGUUGGAAGCAUGAAUGCUUUGGUAACGAUUUGCCUUACUUCAGCGAGACUGUGUUGUAGAAGAGUUACUAAUAUCGAUGACGCGGUUUUCGCUAUUUGGCUACAUGUUUGCGGAAGUCCCGAGCCUCGGUUCGCCCCCGAGGACUACUUACAAACACCAGCAGACGUGAGAAAAUUACAAAAAGUGAUAACAAGCUUCAAACAUUGGUUAGAAGAAUUUACCGGCAGUUGUUUACUUUAA